GUUUUAAUGUAUCAAUCGUUUACGAUUCUGCUUUGUUACUUUACCGGCAGCGGUUUAUGAGGUAUAUUUUACCAACAAUGGUAUACCCAGUUAACUGACAAAGCAAAGCAAGUUCAGGCCAAAAAGAAGCGGGAGAAAGAGGUUAGAAUGCCUACCCACGUGUAUCGUGCUGUUCAUUGCGCGUCUCUGAAUCUCUCUCAUCCAGUUUUUUUAAUUUGAACGACUUAAUUCGUAAUCACAUAGCUUACGACAACGAUAAAGGAAGCAAUAAAGAGAGAUUGAUCAUCAGAAUGGACAAGAUGACGAAAACACACGAGGUCAACAAGAAAAAACGAAAGAUGAAACGUUCUCAUACGCAAAUGGCGAAGAAAUUUGCCCGCCAGAGAAACUCUGGCAACAACCUGGACCAGGAUACUUAUCAGUACAUGAUUCGUAUUCUCGAAUUGUUACGCAACGAGUCAUCCUUUUCCGAGAAAACAAUGCUUGCGCAGAAUGUUUAUCAGGAGAUAGCCGGUCGUGAGAUUGAAUGCGCGUGUAAUCAGGUUGGAUCUCGCGUCAUAGAUUCUCUAUUGAGGUAUGCCAACUUGGAAGCCAUUCAGAAACUGACUCAGACGUUCGAAUCGUCUCUGAGACGACUAUGCAGUGAUAAAUUCGCCAGUCACAUUUUGCAAAAAAUAAUAAUGGUCUGUGCUGAUAGAGGCAACAAAUUCCAAUCGAAGCGAAUACCAAAAGCAGAGACAGCUGCUCUCAAUGAGACAGACACGAAAUUAGAAAAAGCUGCUGACACUGAAAUAGAAGUUAAAUCGUCAGAAGUGCAGCUUUACAAUGACAUUGUUCUGAAACUGAGUAAAUUUAUUCUGAAUAAUAGUGAGGAGUUUGUGUUUGAUGCUUACGCUAAUCAUGUGCUACGCACAGUUAUAGAAUGUCUGGCAGGAUUGAUUGGAGAUCCUAACGAAAAUAAUAAAAAAUCUGCCAUGCCAGAUCUUACGAAAAGACGUUCCGUAAUAGAAGAUUAUAAAAAUUUGCUAAUAGAAAGUUGCAACCGAUUGCAGAAGUGGCCUCAAUUCUGUCAAUUUGGACAGGAUCAAAUGACCUCUGGUCUAGUACAAUGCAUCUUAUUCUCGUUGCAAACUAUUGAUUCAGAUUUAGUAAAAACUAUCAUCAAGAAAAUUAGGACAGAAUGUUUUAAAACAGAGAAAGACAAUGAGAUACCAAGUAUAUUUAAUUCAGAAUAUUCUAUCAGAAUUCUGGAAGCCUGUCUAAUGGUAGCGCAGCCAAAAACCUUCAAGAAGUUAUAUAAAGCUCUCUUUGCUAAAAAUUUAGAACACCUGUGUUUAACACAAAGUACCAAUUUCAGUGUGCAAAAGUUAUUAGAUCAUUGCGCUGUUAAGGAACUAUUUGAAGAGAUAUUCGAUAAAGUGGUGGAACACUUUUCAAAAAUUUUAGAGCUGGGUUUCACUGGGAUAUUAGUCAGCACUGGAAAUGCAUGCUUGAGAUUGCAAACGAAACAAGGUCCAUUCGUCAAUGCGAUGAUCGAGCUUGUAAAAGACGAUGCAUCCACAGAGAAUCAAAUGCAUUUUGUACAAUGUAUAAUGACUCUAAAGAAGCCAUCUCAGUUAAAGACUGAAGCAAAUAAUUCGCAGUUAUCUCUUCAUUUACAUGGAAGUUUGAUAAUACAAACCAUAUUAAAAUUCAACAAACCUAUCAAAGCUGUAAACUCCUUAUUAGAGAUGAAUAACGAAGAGUUGCUGCAGAUAUUUGGCGAUCCGAAGGGCAGUCGAAUCUUGGACGCUUUCAUGGACAGCAAGUACGUUGGCGAGAAAAGCAGGGAGAAAAUGUAUAAGAAAUUGCACGGUACUUGGGCAGAAUUAGCCAAAAGUACACACGGAUCUAGGUGUGUAGACAAAAUGUGGGCGUGGGCGCGCAUGAAUCAAAAAACUCAAAUUAUGGAGGAGUUGGCCGCGGCCGGGCAGUCUUUAGGAUCCACAAAAUCGGGCAAGAUCAUUUCCGCGAAGCUAAGUGUCUCCUUGUAUGCGAGAGAUAAGAAGGAGUGGUCGCAAUUGCAAGGAAAAGAAGCGAAGACUAAAGCAAUGUUUGCAGAUAUUAUUGGCAAGACUUCUGAGAAAUAAAAAUUAUUAAAAUAUAUACUGAGAAAAAAAAUUUGUUAAUUUGAUUAAAUUUCUUCAAUUCAAAUAUUUAUGUAUUUAAAUUAAAUAAAUAAAUGUUUGAACUAUAAAAAUUUUAAUUAACUUAAAUUCAUAAAUACUUGGAUUGAAAUUUAAUCAAAUUAACAAUUUGUUCUUAGUGUAACAAAUUCGUAUUAUUCGUAUUAUUUGCAAUACGAAAGAAUUCUUUAUAUACAUAUAUGUACAAUUGUUGUAUAAAUAGCUAAUUAUAUAUAUCACGAAAUGUCAGAUAAUGAUUCAUUUUACAUUUGAUCGAAAAAUAAUGAAGCUAUUUUAAUUCAAUUUAUUCAGUUCAAUUUUUCAAUUUUCCUGUAAUAUAAUUGUAGGGUAUAAAAAAAAAUUUGCUGAUUUCUUACAUUUUGACAUAGAAUAAUCAUAUAUAUUUCGUUAGUUUAUAAAUACACUUUAUAGGAUUCCAUCAUACAUCCCCGCAACGCAAUAUGCCUAGGAAAAAUUACAAUAAUUCGUAGUCUAGAUUUGA